UUUUUCUGUGGUUGUAUUAUACACUGAGAGUGCAUAUAAUGCUCUUGCUACGUCCUGUAUGCUAUUGCUAUUCCAUCUGGAGUUCACAUGGGAGCUCGAGGACAGCAAGCAGUGUCUCGCUCUCGCUCUCGCUUGGAAAUACGGCAAUAUGCCGGCAUGCCGAAACCGACCUAACGGAGGGAAGUGAAACCUCACCGGAAGCCGAAAAUGUCAUCGAUUGCAGGCCGGUCAAGUUCCGACCGAAUCCAUGGUAAGAGAGGGAGAUCUCUGAUAGGCUGUAUGGUGCGAGUCAGGCUAUAUGAGCUCCAGCUAGAACUGGACCUGAGCAUCGACGUGCACGAGGGGCUCUGGUUGGAUGAAAAUUUUCACUGGUGGAGAGGAUCAGCCAACGCUAAAUAGAAGAUCCACUGGCCCGGUGAGCUUCAAACGGGAAGGGACGAGAAGUGGUGCGUAGUUAGCGUGAGAUAUCGGCACACCGAAGGCAGUUGGAUGGACAGGCAUCCCGAGACCGAGACGGUCGGCGGAUGGCCGAAGUACUCGGGAUGGACGACGGUGAGACUGGUUGUGGUCUCGGUGAGCAGGGUUGGCCGCUUAGGUGUG